AUGGGUAAAUCAUCCGGUAAAGGAAAAGGAGGCAAGAAUAGAAGAAGAGGAAAGAAUGUCAACAGUGGACAAAAAAGAGAAUUAAUCUACAAAGAAGAGGGCCAAGAAUAUGCUCAAAUUACUAAGAUGUUAGGUAAUGGUAGAAUCGAAGUCAGUUGUUUCGAUGGGAUUAAAAGAAUGGGCCACAUCAGAGGAAAAUUGAGAAAGAAGGUGUGGAUGGGACAAGGUGAUAUUAUUUUGGUGUCGUUGAGAGAUUUCCAGGACGACCAAUGUGAUGUUGUCCACAAGUACAACUCUGAUGAAGCCAGAACCUUGAAGAAUGUUGGUGAAUUGCCUGAAAAUGCCAAGAUUAACGAAACCGAUACCUUUGGUGCUGAUGAUGACGAAGAGGUCAAUUUUGAAUUCGGUGGAGCCGACGAGGAUGAAUCUGAAGAGGAUGAAGAGUUGGAUAUUGAUGAUAUUUAA